AUGCUGCAAUUCAGGGCAGACGAGGCACAUAUGUCUGGUGGCGAGUCUAUUACUCAGGACUACAGCAGUCGCGCCGCCGAAAAUAUUGCCGAGCACGUCUCAAACGAUGCACUUGAGUCAUCGAUUCCCGUUCAUCCUCUGGGAGUGAAGCCUUUGGGGAAUCAGUAUUUCGCAUCUGGCAGUAACGCACGGCGGAACAUCGGGGCUUUCCAAAUACUCCCUGAUGAGGCGUUGAUGCUUUUACUUGAACAGUUUGAUGCACAUAUUCUCCAGGUGCUGGGAUACACUUGCAAAUUUUUGUUUGCAUUCUGCAGCUCGGAUGAUCUGUGGAAGACUCUAUUUCUCGAAUCACAUGAAGAGAAUCCUCGCCCUUUUGAGUGGUUUGGCUCUUGGAGAUCCAGCCUCCUUGGCUUCAGCAAGGAAAAAAAUGCGAAAGUAGACUGCGGCACCGUGUUCUCCGAUGUUCUGCAUCGUCCCUUUGUUUGCAGCCAUGUGCCUUUGGCAGGAUAUGCCGCCGGGAUUCCCAAACAGAAUCAAAUCAGGAAGUUCCCAGAUUUGACAUACGAUGAUUUCGCGGACAAAUGGAGCAGCACUCCAUUCGUGCUCACCAAGGUCGUGCCUGCUUGGCCCGUAUACAACCAAUGGACCCUCGAAACCUUGUUGAGCAAAUAUUCCGAUGUCAGUUUUAGGGCCGAGGCCGUAGAUUGGCCAUUCUCAACGUACUACCAGUACAUGCUCGAUACCAAGGAUGAAAGCCCUCUGUACCUGUUUGACAAAAGGUUCGCUGAAAAGAUGGACCUCACCAUUGGACAGCAAGAUGGUGCUGCUUACCGAAAUCCUGACUGUUUCGGGCCCGACCUGUUUGAACUCCUCGGAUCCGACCGUCCAGCACAUCGUUGGCUCAUUAUCGGUCCAGAAAGGAGCGGCUCAACAUUCCACAAGGAUCCAAAUGCAACCAGUGCAUGGAACGCAGUCAUCCAGGGGACCAAAUAUUGGAUCAUGUUCCCUCCAUCAGUGCAGGUGCCUGGCGUGUACGUAUCCGAGGACAACAGCGAGGUUACCAGCCCUCUCAGCAUUGCGGAGUGGCUUUUAGAGUUCCAUGCCGAGGCCCGCAUGAUUCCCCAGUGCGUCGAGGGCGUAUGCAACGCCGGAGAGGUUCUCCAUGUUCCCAGUGGCUGGUGGCAUUUGGUGGUGAACUUGGAGGCUGGCAUUGCCUUGACACAGAAUUUCGUGCCGAAAUCUCACCUUUCGGACGCGCUGAGUUUUCUUCGAGACAAGCCUGAUCAAGUCACCGGAUUCAAGAGGGACAUAAAAGAUCCCUAUGAACUGUUUCGGAGUGGCCUCGAGCAGAAACACCCUGAGCUGCUUGAGAAGACUUUGGAGGAGCUUGAGCAGCGUGCGCAAAGGAAGAGAAAGUGGGAUGCCGCGGUCGGACCACAUGGAGAAGCAGAGGAGAAUGGUGGUGGCGGUGGCUUCACAUUUGGUUUUGGUGGCGGUGAUGACGACGACAUCCCCUAA